UUCCUUCUUUUUACGUUCAAAGAUCAACAUGUCAUUAUCGCAUUCAAACUUUGAUAGAGUAGAAGCAAUUUAAAUGGGCAAAGAAAGCAUAUCAAUCAAUCUUUGGGUACUGAUAAUAAACUUGAAUAAAAGAUUAUACGUACUGAGAAAUGAUGCCCUGAUAAUUUGCAGUAGCAAAUUUCUCACUAAAUGUAUUUUUUUUUUAAUUUUAGAGUAGAGUGGACUUGUUGGGAGUAGCUUAGUUUGGAGUUUUUGAGAGUAGCUUAAACUUGUCGGGAUUUAGAAUGAAAAUCAGCAUUGAAAAUUUAACACCGUUGAUCAAAGCGCACCAAUAUGAGAUUUCCCUUGGAUUGUGCGCCUUGUUUUUGGCGUACAUCAUUGCAUUGACGAUAAAAAAAGCUAGAAGCAAUUUUCCACCCGGUCCAAUGGGAUUGCCAAUUGUAGGGUACCUUCCAUUUUUGACAGAAGAUUUACAUCUAGAUUUCAUGAAGUUGGGGCAGAAAUAUGGAGAUGUUUUCAGUGUAAGAUUAGGAUCGCAAGUCAUCGUUAUACUGCAUGGAGGAGAUGCCAUAAAAGAAGGAUUAAACAAAAGUGAAUUGCUAGGCAGGCCACCAAACAGCGCCCUGGAGAAGUUUAGUCCGUCAAGUGCAUUUUUCAGUAGUCAUUUUCAUCUCUGGAAAGAACAACGCAGAUUCGUGGUGCAAUCCAUGAAGGAUCUCGGCCUUGGCAAAACGAAAAUUGAGGAAGCCGUGAUGGAUGAAAUCAAUCAUUUUAUGGACGUCUUAAGGAGUCAUAAAACUCAACCAAUAGAUGUCAAAGAACCUUUAUCUCCCAGCAUGUCCAACAACAUCUGUGCUUUGGUCUUCGGAAAGCGAUUCGAAUACGAUGAUCCCGAACGUCAGUUCUUGGACAAGAACAUCGACGAAAUAUUCGAAUAUUUCUCUCAGACUUCUCUGGAUGUGGUGUUUCCCUGGUUGUAUUAUGUUCCUUUUGUUAGUAAACUUAUAAAAUCUGAUAAAUCACGGAUUGCUUUUAAAAAUUUUAAAAGAUUUUUUCAAAAAGAAUUAAAUGAGCAUUUAAAAACAUUCGACCCUGCUCAUGUACGAGAUUUCAUAGACAGAUAUUUAGUAGAAAUAGAGACUCAGAAAGCAAAAAAUCCAGAUACUACUUUCAAUCAUAAUAUGUUAAUGAACAAUGCCAUAGAUCUGUUCGACGCUGGCAGUGAAACAGUCAGAACUUCGAUUCUUUGGUUCAUAUACAUCAUGGCUGCCUUUCCUGAUGUUCAGAAGAAAGUUCAAAAAGAGAUAAUGGAGGUGAUAGGUUCAGAAAAGACACCAGAAUACAUGGAUAUGAAAAAUAUGCCCUAUACACAUGCGGUUAUGUUGGAAAUAAUGAGAUGGAAGACUAUAGUUCCGCUGAAUUUAGUGCAUUAUUGUCUGGCUGACACUACUGUGGGGGGAUACACUAUACCAAAGGGAACGACCGUAAUCGCCAACUUCUGGGCCGUUCACUACGAUCCAAGAUAUUGGGAAGAGCCAGAGAAAUGCAAGCCGGAAAGGUUUCUUAGCAAAGAUGGCAAGUCUGUGGUAAAACCAAGUUACUUCAUGCCAUUUUCCUUAGGCAGAAGAGUGUGUCCAGGUGAAUCCAUGGCUUACUUGGAAAUGUUUCUGUACUUCACUUCCAUUCUACGAGAGUUCGAUAUAGUCUUCCCCGAAGGUACAAAGCCGACUUUCGAUGCGAAAUACAUCGUGACCUACAGGUUGGAACCCUAUCUGGUGCGAUUCAUCCCAAAGAACUUAAUUUCACAUAGAGUCAAGAUGUACAAUUUGUACAAGUCGUUGGUACCUACAUUCAGAAGUUCCGUUGAAAAUAUCUUGCCUUUAAUUAAAUCGUUUCGAUAUGAAAUUUUACUGGGAACAAGUGUUUUCUUUUUGGCGUACGCCAUUGCAAUGUUCAUCAAAAAACUCAGAAGUAAUUUUCCGCCAGGACCUGUUGGAUUGCCAAUUGUAGGAUAUUCACCGUUCCUGACAGAAGACCUAUAUUUGGAUUUUGUUGAAUUAGGGAAGAAAUAUGGUGAUGUAUUCAGUGUACGCUUAGGAUCACAAGACAUAGUUGUUUUACACGGAGCAGAGGCUAUUAAAGAAGCAUUGAACAAACCUGAAUUCCUCGGAAAACCUCCGGUCAGUGUGUUAGAGCUUGUGAACCCUCUAAGUGCCUUUUUUGGUGCUAAUUUUGAAUACUGGAAAGAGCAACGAAAAUUUGUCUUGCAUUCAAUGAAGGAUCUUGGACUUGGAAAAACUAAAAUUGAAGAAGACAUAAUGGAGGAAAUAAAGCACUUCAUGCAAGUACUGAAAAGUCACAAUGGCAAACCAAUGGAUGUAAAACCUCCUUUGACUCCUAGUAUGUCCAACAAUAUUGCUGCUCUUGUAUUUGGGAAAAGAUAUGAAUAUGAUGAUCCAGAACGCCAAUUCUUGGAUGAAAAUUUAGAAAAAGCAAUCGAAUCAUUUGCACAGACAUCUCCGGAUGUAUUGUAUCCCUGGAUGAGACGCAUUCCUUUCUUUACUAAGCUUCUGAAAGUUGAUAAGACAUUGACAGCGUAUAAUAACUUCAGAAAAUUUUUCAGGAAGGAAUUAGAUAAACACGUACAGAGUCUGGAUCCCAAUAACAUUCGAGACUUUAUAGAUAGAUAUCUACUGGAAAUUGAUUUGCAAAAGGAGAAAGAUCCGAACACUACGUUUCACCAAGCCAUGUUGACGAGCAAUGCCAUAGAUAUUUUUGUACCUGGCAGUGACACCGUUCGAACUUCCAUUUUGUGGAUAACUUACAUUAUGGCGGCGUUUCCGGAUGUUCAGAAGAAAGUUCAGAGCGAGAUAAUGGAAGUGAUAGGUUCCGAAAAGACACCAGAAUAUAUGGAUAUGAGAAAUAUGCCGUACACGCAUGCUGUGAUAUUAGAACUUUUAAGAUGGAAAACGAUAGUUCCAUUGAAUCUCAUGCGAUAUACCUUGGCCGAUACUACAGUAGGUGGAUAUGAUAUACCUAAAGGAACGAUAGUAUACGCCAACUUCUGGAGUGCACACCACGAUCCACGAUACUGGAAUGAACCUGAUAAAUUUAUGCCAGAACGUUUUCUAAGCGAGGAUGGCAAAUCUAUUAUAAAAUCAAGUCACUUCAUGCCGUUUUCUUUAGGUAAAAGAGUUUGUCCUGGAGAAUCUAUGGCUUAUAUGGAAAUAUUUCUGUAUUUCUCUUCUCUUUUGCAAAAUUUUGACAUUGUUUUCCCAGAAGGAACGGAACCCACAUUUAAUGCUAAGCUAAACAUCACGUAUAGACCAGACCAUUUUCUUGUGAAAUUUGUACCAAAAAGUUAAGAGCUGUGAUAUUCGACAAAAACAUUUCAUUAGCACAUUUGCACAAAGCUUUUUAAAAAAAUCUGUAAAAUAUUUUAAGAUUAUUG